UUUUAAUUAAGGUUUGAGCCUUCAACAAAUUCUACCCGAAUCCAAAUUCCCAUCACCUACCUCUAUUUAUACUCCAAUUACAUACUCCCUUUUACUUAUUCGUCCCUCCCGAUUUCCUCUUCCUCAUCCCUCAACCUGUUGAUUUUUACUGAAUGAUGGGUGGAGGCAUGCUAGAUGAUUGGGAAUUGACUCCUUCGACAAACAUUGUUUUGCUUGGGAAAGCUGGUAAUGGUAAAAGUGCAACUGGGAACAGUAUUCUUGGUAGGGAGGCAUUUGUAUCAGAUUUCAGUCUGUCGGGCAUAACAAGUACUUGUGAGCUGCAAAGUACCAUUUUAAAAGAUGGGCGCAUUAUUAAUGUUAUUGACACUCCAGGACUAUUUGACUUCUCUCCUGGGUCUGAGUCCGCUGGUAAAGAGAUAGUCAACUGCAUAAACUUGGCCAAGGAAGGGAUUCAUGCUGUACUUAUGGUUUUUUCUGUUGCGUCUCGAUUUACUAGAGACGAAGUGGCUGCAAUUCAAAGUAUGAAAUCAUUUUUUGGUGACAGAAUUGUGGACUACAUGAUUGUAGUGUUUACUGGUGGAGAUUUUCUUGAAGCUAAAGGGAAGACUUUGAAGGAUUUUAUUAGCCGUGGAUGUCCUGAGCCUGUGAAGAAUAUUCUCCAAUUGUGUAAAAACAGAGUGAUGCUCUUUAAUAAUAGUACGCAGGACGUGGACAGACGAGCAAUCCAGCUGAAACAACUACUUUCUCUAGUGGAUCUGAUUGCAGCAGGUAAUGGUGGGAAGCCAUUUUCUGAUGACAUUUUCGAACAACUUAAGAAAGGAGCUAAGAGCCUGGAGAAUAAAGAGAAAGAGAUUGAUGCUAUGAAAGGAAUCCAAGGAUACUCAGAGCGAGAUAUAGCUGAGUUGAAGGAGCAAUUGCACAAAUCUCAUGAAGACCAGCUCAGACAAGUAGUUGAGACGAUUGAGAGGAAGCUAGAUGAAGCUAUCAAGAAACUAGAGAAACAAUUGGCUGAAGAGCAAGCAGCAAGACUUGAAGCAGAAAAAGUAGCAAUAGAGGCGAGACAGAGAUCAGAGCAAGAGAUAACUAACCUGAGGGAGAGAUCAGAGGAAAAGAUCAAUAUCCUGCGGAAGAGCUCAGAGCAAGAGAUCAAUAAUCUAAGGGAGCAACUGAGAAGGGCUCAGGAGGAGAGUCAGGAGUUUCGCAAGAAAGCCGAAGGCACCAAAUGUAAUAUCCUUUAAAUAACAUAACAUAGCAAAUUAUUAGAAUAAAAACAGAGAGCAACGACAGACAAGGUUAAGUUUUUGUUUAUGCUUUUGUGUGAAAAGUUAGUUGAUAUGAACCUCUAUGUGAAUUCGUAGUUUAUAUGUGAAACUAAUUAUAAAGUUUAGUAGCAAGCUUGUGAUUGGUA